AUGUCUUAUUACUUUGCCAUUGUUGGUACGCAAGAUAACCCUCUGUUUGAAUAUGAAUUUGGUACGGCGAAGCAGGGCGGUGAUGGGAUUGCUAGGUUUGCGGAACAGGCACGUCAUGUAAACCAGUUCAUUGUGCACAGCAGUCUGGAUAUCGUGGAGGAGGUGCAAUGGGGAACUGGGCAAAUGUACCUGAAGUGCAUCGACCGUUUCUACAACAAUUACGUCUCUUGCUUCAUGACGGGUGGAAAUGUCAAGUUCCUCCUACUCCAUGCCCCAUCUCAACCUGCCGCCACGACUACGAGCCGUGCAAGUACAUCAAUCGCCGCGAACCCGACGUCCCCCCAGACAGAGGAAGCUAUCAAGCAGUUCUUUACGGAAGUCUACGAGAGUUGGGUCAAGACGAUAAUGAAUCCGUUUUACCAGGUCAACAUGGAGGUCAAGAGUCCGUUCUUUAAGGGUCGAGUCGCUGCUGCUGGGAAGAAAUAUUUGUGA